AUGAAAUUGGUCAUCGACUCUGCCCGCCAUACGCCACCGCAGGAGACCGAUGAAUUUCGUGCCCUCACAACUCCCGCCAAAUCCUGCAACCGGUUAUCGCCGGUGACCACCUCAUAUUUCCGGUAACCUUCUUACUCCUUUUAUUUUCAAUUUUUUUUUUUAAAGAAAAGAUCUCUCUUCUUCAGCCCCCCGAAACAAAACCAAAAUCUCUGGCUAUGGAACUUCCGACUUCCUUCUUCUUCAACUUCUUUCCGAUUCCGUCAUCUUUGCUGUUCGAUUAACGCUUCGUCUUCCACAUUAGGGUUUUUAGCUAUUUCAUUUCUCCACUAAUUCCAUGCGACCCAACUGUUUCUCUUGAAUUCCAACACAAUGAGCGCGGUUAAUAUCACCAACGUUGCAGUUCUUGACAACCCAUCUCCCUUCUCUACUCCCCUUCAGUUUGAGAUCUCCUACGAGUGUUUGUCUGCUCUCAAAUACGAUUUGGAAUGGAAACUAAUUUACGUGGGAUCUGCUGAGGUUGAGACAUAUGAUCAACUAUUGGAGUGUGUUCUUGUGGGACCUGUCAAUGUCGGUAACUAUCGUUUUGUAUUGCAGGCUGACCCUCCAGACCCGUCCAAAAUCCCUGAAGAAGAUAUCAUUGGUGUAACUGUACUUCUGUUGACCUGCUCGUAUAUGGGGCAGGAGUUCAUCCGUGUUGGUUACUAUGUAAACAAUGAUUACGAUGAUGAGCAGCUCAGAGAAGAACCUCCAGCCAAAGUCUUGAUCGAUAGGGUUCAGAGAAACAUCCUAUCUGAUAAACCCAGGGUUACAAAGUUUCCCAUUAAUUUCUACCCUGAGACUAAUGAUAGUGGAGAGGAACCUCCUUCUAACGAUCCGGUAUCAGCCGAAACCGACGGUGACGAACAACUACCUGCAUCUCCUGAACAUCCUUCAAAUGAUCAAAAUCCCUAGAUUUUGGAACUUCCUGCCAAACACCAAGUCGUGGCCACUUGUUGUAAGAGAUCAUCAUGGGUGGAGUCUUGAAUGGGUUUUGGGUUCAAAAGUUGAGACAUCUUUUGAGAAUAUGAUGGUUGGAAUGCAGUGUUCAACUUCAGUUGCUGAAUUUGCAACGCAGUUGGUUGCAUGUUGGUUUGUAGUUGUACAAAGAUAGUGCAAAUUCAUUGUUUUGAAGGCCUUGUUUGAUAUCUAAAAAACUUUUGGUCUAUAAAUCUACAAUGCUAUUUUACUUCUGAUCUUAAA